AGGUUACGUUCCAAAUUAUGAUACAUGCAUCUGGUAUGUUGGAAAAACUCACCUGUAAGAAGGAAAUUAUCUGCACUGAGUACUCGAGUCAAGAACAAACGUUUUUAUCAAGAAUUUGCCAGUUUAGUUAUGUAUCAUUACUCUCAUCUUGGAAUAUGGUAUGUUUUAAAACUGUCUAUACUUGCGAAGAACUUUCUUCGUCUAGAAGACGGUGCUUGGUUUGCUAAGGUUCAUUGGAAAAGACAACCAGAAAUAUACGAUAUCAUAUACUAUGUUGCAUUGUGCGAAAAAGACAUACAAGCCAUCAUUAUUCAAAGAGGAAUCCAAAAGUUUCUUGACCGCAGAAGACAAUUGAGAAAAAUACGACAAAAAGCAAAAAUAAUUCAAAGAUGGUGGAGGCGAAUUCUUCAAUGUAGACAAUGUUGGGUGAAGAUAAAGAAGGAACUGGAAGAUAGUAACAGAGGUAGAACCGAUCCACAAGCAAUUAUUUUGAGUGCAAAUGUUCAGACUCAGACUGAUGAGGAAGAAAGCGUUGAAAAGAUCAAUUCAACGAGACUACAGUUAACGACCGUCAAGGCCACACUGAAAACGAUCCACGAUGGUUUAAUCUACAUGAUAAAUUCUAUAGAAUCGCGUGAAGAUAAUAGAAACUCGAUGACGGUUGCCUACGACGAUAUCCUGCCGAUAGCCUUGGCUCUACAGGAAGCAGUGACAUCUUUGGAGAACUCCGGAGAUGGAGAUGACAUGCCAGUGCAUCACAUUGAGAAGUCAUCAUCUUAACAAGAGUCG